CCUUCGGCAGACUGAAUCCUUUGUUAUUAUCUACGACGCGCUCCAAUCACUGCGAUGUCCCAGGCUGAUUUCCCAGAGUCUCAGUCUGUGGACUUGCAUAUAUGUCGAUGGAAAUGGUGCAGUGACACCUUCCUUUCGAAAAACGAACUCAUCCACCACGUCCUCGACCAUCACGUACAAAAUUCCGUCCCUUGUUCACGGAGAGAAUAUGCAUUGUCACGGAAAAUAGAGGAGGGAGAAGGAGAAAGUUUAAGCUUUCCCCGUGUAGGGAAUAACGGUAACAAGGGCCGCGACAACACAACAGCUGAUGAUAUGUCUCUUUGAUUUUCGUGUAUUUCCUUGGUUUUAUCUUCGAUUUUUGUCUCCCUCCCAGAAAAUCAUCAUCUGGAUCUCGGCAUCAACUCAUUAUUACCGUCACCUCCCGCGUCGACACCUCCAAAUCUAUCUCCUCUU